GCUGCCGGGCAUUAGGACCCGGAGGCUGCUGAGAGGAGGAGGCUGAAUCCCCCUCCCGCUCUCAUCCCUGCUGCAGCUUUAUUCCUCAUCUCCUCCCAUGGUGACUGACUACCUCCUGCCCUAGCUGGCAGCCAGAUCAAGAAGGCCUCGCUAGGACCGGUUCCCAGGACCCGUUCCAUGGCAUCUCCCAGGACUAUCACCAUCAUUGCCCUCUCGGUGGCCCUGGGGCUCUUCUUCGUCUUCAUGGGAACCAUCAAACUGACCCCUCGGCUCAGCAGAGAUGCCUACAACGAGAUGAAGCGAGCCUAUAAAAGCUACGUGCGGGCCCUGCCCAUGCUGAAGAAGAUGGGAAUCAGCUCCAUCCUUCUCCGCAAGAGCAUCGGGGCCCUGGAAGUGGCGUGUGGCAUCGUCAUGACACUGGUGCCCGGGCGCCCCAAAGACGUGGCCAACUUUCUCCUCCUCCUCCUGGUGCUGGCUGUGCUCUUUUUCCACCAGCUGGUGGGGGAUCCCCUCAAGCGUUACGCCCACGCCCUGGUCUUUGGGAUCCUGCUCACCUGCCGCCUGCUGAUCGCCCGCCAGCCUGAGGAGCAGCCGCCCGAGAAGAGGGUCCUGUCGGUGAAUGGGGAUGAGCAGCCACUCAUCCAACCAGCAGCUCCUGAGAAAGGCAAAAUGAAGGUAUCUUAGUUGAGUGCAUGUGAGAAAUACGGACCCUCGGGGCAGCUCUCUCCAAAAUCACCCAGAAAAAUGGUUUGUUUUGUUUUUUUUUAAUUUACCUAUUUAUAAUUUUUUUGUCCGUCUAAAUAAAGUUGCACUUCCAAGUCUGAGAGACACGUGGGAUGUCUACACUG